CAACGAUUCCGCUGUUGUCGUUGUUCUGGCAAUUCCUUUAGCGAUGGCGUUGAGCAGGUUCGACAGAAAGCUUGCGUAUGUGCAAGCGGGCUCCGGUCUAGCAUUUUCAACCUUCUCUUGUUUACAUCUGGCUGGACAUUUGUCCGCGAAUAUACGCUUUUCUCUGGCAGAUUCUGCCCUAAUCGCCUUCAGAGAAUAUUACCAGCACCCUUUUAUAGAGCCUUUUCUUAUCGGUGUCUCCCUCGUUGCACACAUCGGCUCGAGUGUCGCCAGAGUCUACAUCAGGCGUGCAGCCAAAGCUCAGAGAACAAGCAAGAAAGUUGUAAUCGAGGAGAAAGCACAAGAUGGUGGAGCAGCUGCCUGGCCGACCAUGGCCACGGCCCUUCGUGAAUUGAAUUGGCAUCGAUACACCGGAUAUAUCCUCACGAGUUUCAUCGGCGUACAUGUCUGGGCCACACGAAUAACACCGUUAAAAAUAUUUCCCGAUCCUUCAAUCGUAGAUAUGAGUUGGUUGACAAGCACUCUACGCAAUGUACCUUUCCUCUUCCCGCCCUACUACUUUGCACUUGGAACAGCGGGCAUCUAUCAUACUUUAUACGGUGUCCACCGAGCUCUUUGCACGCUGCAAUUGCUCCCGCGUUCCCGGCGUAUUGAACCCGGCAGGUGGACCGCCGUCAUGUAUGUUUCGGCCGCGCUUAUGGUUUCCACCAUUAUGGCGAUCGCGGGUGUUUAUGAGACAGUUCCUAUUCCGCUUGCCGCAAAAUGGGAGCAGCUGGACAAAGCUAUCAUGGGUGUCUAUUUGAAAAGCCUCUAACACGAAGCAUCGGCCAUAGAUCUAAACUAUUGACAUUUAAUACACUCGUACACUAUGUGCAGUUCGUGGGC